AUGAGUGAAGAGAAUUGGGAAUUAGUUGCUAAACAGAAGCGCCACUCUGUCCGGGCCGAGAUCCCCUCGAAAUGGAUACUGGAUAGCAUUCCAAGUGCCGAUGAAGAGCCGAAUACUUUGGAGUAUUUGGACAAGAUAGUUACGAAAAAGACGUUAUCAAUUACCAGCAAGACAAUGAGGGAGUUGAUUAAACAGAUUUCUAGUGGAGAGUUGACAUCUUUGGAAGUUACCGAGGCAUUCUGUGAACGUGCUGCUUACGCCCACCAGAUCCUCAGUUGCUGCUCCGAAAUCUUCUUUGAUAGAGCGCUUGAGACUGCAAAGAAACUGGACGCUUAUUAUAAAGAGACAGGAAAAGUCGUUGGCCCUUUACAUGGUAUUCCGGUGUCUUUGAAAGAUCAGGUCAAUUUAGAGGGAAUUGAGACGUCUAUUGGAUAUGUUAGUCAUCUUGGAAAGCCAGCUACCAAGGACGAUGAGUCGGUUAUUGCGCACUUACUCAGAGAUGCCGGUGCUGUAUUUUACGUUAAGACAACAGUUCCAAUGGCUAUGAUGGCUGGUGAUACUCAUAGCAAUAUUUGGGGGUACACUUAUAAUUCUAUUAACAGACAUUUGAGUGCUGGUGGUAGUUCGGGCGGUGAGGGUGCUUUGAUAGGCAGUCAUGGCAGUUUGAUUGGAUUGGGUACUGAUAUUGGUGGAUCGAUCCGUAUUCCAGCGGCCUUUAAUCACCUGUUCGGACUUCGACCCUCUCACGGAAGGAUUCCGUAUUUGAAUGUAACGAACUCGUACUCGGGUCAAUCGGUUAUCCCGUCUGUUAUUGGUCCUCUUGCAAAGGAUCUUGAUGACUUGGAGGUAUUUACAAAAAUUAUCGUAGACGCCGAGUCGUGGAAUCAGGAUCCCAAGGUGGUUCCAAUUCCUUGGAGACAUGUGUCACUUGAGAACAAAUUAAGUUUUGGUGUCAUGAGAUGGGAUGGUGUUAUACAUCCUAAUCCUCCGGUUAACCGAGCUAUUGAGAUGACCAUUACUGCACUAAUCAAGGCUGGUCAUGAAGUAAUUGACUGGGAACCCCAGGGACAUGCAGAGAUCUUGCAAGUCACUGGCAAUAUUUAUAACGCAGAUGGAUACAAGGAAAUCCUCGAUACUUGUGAAAUCAGUGGUGAGCCUUCUCUGGUUCAAAAAGAGGGACUUGUUGCAAGAACUCUUAAUGAGCACUGGUCUGAUGCCGACGACAAGUAUAGAAUCCAGAAGAGAUACAUGGACUACUGGAACGAAACGAGCAAGCGUACAUUCAAUGGCAAGCCGGUUUCAGCCUGGAUCCUGCCCGCUUGGGAAUCUGCUUCAUUCAAACCUUAUACGCCGGAUGCUCUCAGCACUUAUAUGGCAACGAUAAAUCUGUUAGAUUACUCUGCCGUUACUGUUCCUGUGACAUAUGUCGACAAGAAUGUGGACACACCAUAUCCAGAUUUUGUGCCUGCCAAUAAAAUUGACAAAGAUGUCCAUGAAUGGUAUGAUCCAGUCUCAUUUGACGGAGCGCCAGUGGGUGUCCAGGUGGUAACGAGGCGUUUGGAGGAGGAGAAGGCUAUUGCCAUUGCGCGGGUUUUGCGUGACUGCUUGGCAUAA